CAAAAUUACAACACAAAACAACUCGGCUACCCUAAAGUCCUAAAAUUUCCUUAUUCCUCUAACCCUUCCGUCGUCCGUCGCUCUUUCCUUUUCUCUUCCUCAAGUAUCUCGCCCGCGGAAUCAACUACAGAUUCAUCACCGUCCUUUAGCUCCCGCCAUCGGUUGAAUCGGUGAAGCAGCGAACCAGACUGAGUGCUCAAAUCGAUUUCGAUCUCUGUCGCCGUUGAAUCCUUGCUCAAACAAGUCGAGCUUCCUUCUCACAUCCGAAUCGAUCGCCAAGAGAGUAGAGUCCCUCUUAGUGACGGUGUCGCCAUUAACGAAGAUUUCUGGAUCUCCUCUCUCAAUCGCGAAAUCUCGUCGCUGCGUGAUCCAUCUUCUAAAAAUCAAAUCACGAAACCUUCUUCCAUUCGAGCUUCAACAUCCUCGACGAAGGAAUCGAUCGACAAGAUUGAAGCCUAUGUUUCCAGUGCGUAAAUCGAUCUUAGGUAAUCUCCGAUUCUCCAUUGCAUUCUCAGGAGUAUAUAAGUUUUCAGGGAAAAGUUCUUUUAAAGGUUGUGGUUCCCUGGGAUGGAACAGAGUGGAAGUCAUAAGGAUUGAUUGGGCUGAGGUAUCAUAUGCUGAUGCUUUCUCUGGUUUCGAAGAUGUUGGAUUGGAUGACAAGAGUUCUGCCCGGCCACGUUCUGCCUGGCAGUAGUGAUCAACGCAGAUCUGAAAUCAUCAAAUAAUCUCUUGGAUUUGAGUUUCUAUUCUAAGUAAAAGCAGUAGGAUCUCAAGAGGAGCUUCAUAAUUUAAUGGUGAAUCAUGAACUGAGAUGAUCAAUCAUGGAAGCAUGGGAACUUAGAAAUCUGUAAUUCCUCUGAUUAGUAUCAGCAGCAACAUCUCUGCAUAUGGAGGUGACUCUAACAGUUCAUCUUCGCCCCUAUAGAUGCUUGGGGUAGCUUGAUGGUAAAUCGGCGAAAGAGAGAUGUGUUUCUAAAGGAGGAAGUGGAGCAUGGAUACGUGUGUCGAGGGGGCAGGACAAAUCGAGAUCGCCAAUUUGCACGGUGCUUUUUGGUUCCAGAUAGGAUCUGGUGGAAAACAAAUCCUCGGUUGGCCCAUCCGAAGCCAGCGAAGAUUGGGGUUAAGGAAUGCACAGAGCAAGACCCUAGAUUGUGCAGUUGAUUCUGGUCUCUUUUGGAGCCAACUUUGCCUUCUGUUGCAGCUGGAGCUGCUCAUGGAGUACAAAGGCAAGCUAGCCAAAAUUGCAGGAAACAAGUCGACAACAGUAAUUUCCUUCAACAUAUAAAUUGUGAUUUUGGUUACUAAACAAUAAAUUGUGUAAUUGUGAUUUUGGUCACUAAAGAAUUAAUUGUGUAAUUAUAUUUUGGUUACUACACAAUUUUGUUAUAUGAAACAAUUGUAUAUUAUAA